AUGGUCGAAAGUGUUGGAAGUUAUUUAAACUUUUACACGGUCCUUACCGUAGCGUCCUUUUUCGUUUUCGAAAAUAAAUUCGUAAUCGUUAAUGUAAUGGGCGAUGUUUUGCCAAAUUGCCGAUUUUUUAAACAUGAAAGGCUUAAAAUAUUUUGUUUCGGUAGCCCAACGGCCUUUUCCGACGUGCUCGACGUAGCGUCGGGCGUUAUUGUGGGCGGUGCGAAAUUGCGAAUGCCUUUUUUAAACUUGCUCGAUCCCUUUCGGUAA